AUGGAGCUGGCAAGACACAAAAUCACAUACACUCAAGAGGAGUUGGUCGACAAAUUGUUUGAUUCGUUGCCGAAUGAGCAAGAUUCGCAAUACUUUGCCUUGAUGUUGAAGAACACAAUCAAGUCUGAAGAUUUGACAGUGGAUUUGCUUAUCGAAAGACUAGAAAGCCAUGAAGGAAAUCUUCCAAAGACCGGAUCUCCAAGAACAGCAUUUUCUGCAGAGAAUUCAAAUACUGUGAAUCAUGAAACUCCUCACAGUGGUUUUCACAGUGGAUCUUCUUCAACAACUUCAAACCAAUAUGCAUCAAAGAAUUUAUUCCAAUGUAACAUUGUUGUGGAUCUGAAGAACGCUCAAAAUUUCAGUGAAGAGUCAGCAAAACAGCAGAUGGUAUUCUUGGCGUCUGUGCUUGAAUCAUACGAGAGCCUCGUGGCAGGCAAGAUUGGAAACACCAACCUGACAAAGGAGGAUUAUGACCAGAUCGAUCCGGAAGAGAUGGAAUUGAUCGACAUCAGAGAAGAUUACUACAAAAGAGCGAUUUAUCACCAGAACAAGGCUGAACCCCCCAGGAUGAAGCAGCUUGAGGAUACCCCCAAAGAAAAAUCCAGAGCUCUCGCUGUGAUUCAUGACGACAAAGGAUUUGAUUGGAGUGAUAUUCUGCCUGAAGAAGAUGUAGUAGGUUAUGCGUUUGCUGCAAAAACAGUAAUUAAACCAUUCAGAGACACCAGAACAGCAGCAGAAAAAUCAAAUGAUAGACAUCAGAGAGCUCAAUACAAAAUGAUGAGAAUUUAUCGUGUAUACAGUAAAGCUAAAAAGGCAAAGAGAUGGGAUGCGGAUAGAGAGUGUUACCUUGAUCCUGAAGGAAACAUUGCUAUUGAUCCAAAGACUCUGAGUCUUGAAGCUUUCGCUGAGGAAUUUGCUGAACUAGAAGAGUCUCAACAGAGAGAAUGGUGGGGAGGUGGUGAAGAAAAAGAGAAAGAGAAAGAGAAAGAAAAAGAGCAGGAGCUGAAGCCAAAAAAGAUCGAUGAAGGGAUCAUUGAUACGUCACAGGAGUUGACAGCUGAAAACUUUGGAAAGAUGGCUGACAAGGUCAGUUCAAAUGCAUCGUCGAGUGAGUCAGGAGAAUGGGUUGAGAAAUUAGCCGAUGCUUUACCUCAAAAAGAAUGGGGUACAUAUCUUAUGAGUUUGAAGAAUACCGGAGAGUACUAUAGAUUGGCAAUUUCUCAAUUCAUUAAAAAACUUGAAGAGCAAAUUGAUAACAAUGCUGAUAAUGAGAAAAGUCAAGAUGAAAAACCAGUUUCAAAAGAAAAAGCUUCAGAAAAGGUUUCAGAAAGAGCACCAGUGUUUGAUCACUCAUCAGAUGAAGAGAGUGACAAUGACAGUGAAGAAAUUGAAAAACUUGAAUAUUAUAAAAGAGAAUUUCCACCUGAUUUGUAUAAUAUGUUUUUUGUAGAUAUAUUGGAAGUGCUCAAAAAUAAACAAGGUGCGAAAAAGAAGAAUCAUAAGGCAGCAACGGUUAAAGAAAAUGUUAAAUCCGAGAAGAAACAUGUUGACAGUGCUCACCAAGAAAAAUCCAAACAAGAUGAGUCAAUUGAAUUGUAUCAGGACGAUGAAGUCAAAGAAUCAAGUGCAUCAACAAAUGAAACUUCAAGUUCUGAACCAGUGUACUCAAAAGUCAAACUUGAGGAAAAAGUUCAAGUGGUAAAGAAACAGGUUAAAGAAAUUCCAGCUUUCAAGAUUGAGAAGGAAGCUGAUGUUGAAAAGACGUUUGAGAAAUGCUCUAAAUGUGAUAAAUCUGAAUCAGACAAUAAAAAGAAGAUGUUUUUUGGAUAA